AUCGGUGCAAUCUUUAAAAAAGACCGCCGGUAUCUGUAAUUUCUAAAAAUUGCACCGAUACCGGCGGUAUCGGUCCAAAAUAUGUUUAGACCGGUAAAAAGUUUCAGGGUGAAUGUAUUCAUUUAAGUUUUGUCAUAAGUACAGCUUAAACUUUCUUGGGUAUAAAAACUUGCAAACGGAAGAAGUGCCACACGUUACUUCUACAAGUAGUUUUACCUCUUUGGAUAGUAAUACCGAAAAUAGGAAACUGAAGGUCGAACGUCUUCACAAAGAAAUCAAAGAAGAAAAAGCAUUGCAAGUCCGUUUGAGUAAAAACGUUCGUGAGAUAGAAAAUACUAGAAUGGAUCUUGGCCAGACCUUUAGAAAAAACCAAAAGUUAGGUACAAUGACUUGUGAUUCAGACCUCUAUCGAAACUUGAAGACUAGCCGCAAGGAAUGUAACGCAAUAUACAGUCAACUUCUUUCUUUGAAUAAAUCAAUUAAGACCAAGAGCUCAGAAAUGUAUUGCUUAAACAAAGGGAUACAUAAUCAGAAUGAACCAACCCCAACAGCUGGUAUAUGUCUUUCUGAAAAAUCACAAAAUAGCAUCAUAUCAGGCCAAGCAAUUAUUCAAGGCUUAGAUCCAGGUGUUGUAACAACUGCUUCAAUCAGUGCAACCAAAUCUUCUUCUAUGUUUCAAAGUAUUAAUAGGUAUAGCGCACUGGAAAGUCUGGAAAAUUGUGACCAUGAUGUCGAAAAUGAAGUGACCUUUGAACUGACGGCAAAGGGAGUAAAUAGCGCUAUACUAGACACCAAGCACAUGAUACAGAGACAAAGAAAAAUUAAAAACAAAAAGGAGCUUACACCGUCGUAUCUAAACCAGCGUCAAGUCACUAGGAGUAUUCGUCUGAAAAGAUAUUACCAGCAUCUGCAUUCCUCAUAUAGGCAGAAACUGUUCCGACUUUUAGGUAACUCUGGUAAAAACCGUAGCGUCAUAUCAUUUCUGGGAAACUGGUCUGGUGUUUCGACUUACAUAAAGGGUCAUACUAGAAGAAGCUUAGACCCUUUUAUAACACAACUAAAAAGUGUAGAACUGGACAGUUUUGCGGUGGUUGACGAGUACAAGUCAACAGUAACAUGCAGCUCAUGUUUUUCUUGCACAAGUAAGCAACUUGUCAGGAGAAACGGCAAAAUCAAAAGGCUCAAAGGGGCAGUAGUUUGCAACAACUCGAAGUGCCCAAGAAGAAUCUCCUCAAAAUCAACAACCAUUAACCGUGAUCAAAACGGUGCAAAAAACAUUGGGUUAAUUGGUUUUUCUUCCAUAGUCUCGAUCGAUGCUCAGCCGCUUCCGCCAUUUAGGCGUACCUUUUAUAAUACACAUAAGUAUGGCGACGGCAAACACAUAUAA